AUGGCUCCCGUAGAGCUUCAGCCGUCUCCCCCGGACCUUUCAGGCCUGCUCAACGAGAUUCUGGUGGGUAUGAAGUCGCUACAAAAGGAUAACCUACAGCUAUCAUCCGCGGUCGACGCUAUAAACGGCAGGGUGAACAUGCUGGCGGGUGUGAAAUCUGUACAGGACGGCGCUGCCUCGGACCCAACCGUCAUGAACGGAAAGUCCGCAGUCGCGAACGGAGAGCAGGAGAGCCCCAGCCCCAAACCGGUUGACGGUGUGUCGGCAGCCAGAGAACAGAAUAACGCUUCUCCCGGAACCUUUGAGGUCCAACCUCGCCGAACAAGCGUCUCAUCCAAAAUAAUCUUGACGUCGUACCCUGGGCAAUCUGGCGUUGACCCUCUGCCGAUGGACUGGGGUAACAAGGACCCUAACCUGCGAGGACCAGUUGUUGUCUCUAGACAUCCAAGCACCAUAAAACGACGAAACGCAAUCGGCGCCCACGGCGGCUCCUACGCCAUCUACCACGCCCUCGCCGUAGCCAGCAAAAACAUAAAAGCCGACCACAAGCCCGACUUCACCAACACGGAGCCCGCCGCCAAUAUCGGGCCCUUCCCCCAAUGGUCCGACCCGAAGAAGAUCGUCUCCAUGGACCCGCUGGGCCACCUCGCCCCCUGGCUUUUCGCCAACUAUAUCACUCAGGAGAACAUCGAGAUCCGGCCCACGAUCGCCGUCACAAAAGCGCACAUGAAGCUGCCCGAGCUCGAAGCCUCCGUGCGCGCUGGCCGCCUCGUGCCGGACGGCAAGAUCUGCCUCAACAGCUCGGGCGAGCUGGCCGUGACCAAGUUCGCCGUCGAGCCCGUGUGGUAUCUCCCCGGCGUGGCCGAGCGCUUCGGCAUCGACGAGGGAACACUGCGGCGCAGCUUGUUCGAAGAGACGGGCGGCUCGUACCCCGAGCUCAUCACACGGGGCGACAUCAAGCUCUUCCUACCCCCCAUCGGCGGACUAACCGUCUACUGCUUCGGCGACCCGGCCAAGAUGGCCGACCCGUCCGUGCGCCUCGCGCUCCGCGUUCACGACGAAUGCAACGGCUCCGACGUCUUCGGGUCCGACAUCUGCACCUGCCGACCCUACCUAAUCUUCGGGGUCGAAGAAGCCGUCAAAGAAGCGCAACUCGGCGGGUCCGGCGUCGUGAUCUAUUUCCGCAAAGAAGGCCGCGCCUUGGGGGAAGUGACCAAAUACCUAGUCUACAACGCGCGGAAGCGCGGCAGCGACCGGGCGUCCGAGUAUUUCCUGCGCACGGAGAAUAUUGCGGGGGUCAAGGAUAUGCGGUUUCAGGCGCUGAUGCCGGAUAUUUUGCACUGGCUGGGGAUCAAGAAGAUUGAUAGAAUGCUGAGUAUGAGUAAUAUGAAACAUGAUGCGAUUGUGGAGCAGGGCAUUCCGAUUCUCGAGAGGGUGCCAAUUCCGGAUGAGAUGAUCCCGGAGGAUUCGAGGGUGGAAAUUGAUGCGAAGAUUCAUGCUGGAUACUUCACUACGGGCAAGGUCAUGACAAUGGAGGAGCUGGGAAGCGUGCAAGGACGGGCUUGGGACGACGUGGAUAGUUGUACUGUAUGGGUUGGUUGUGCGGCAAGCGUCAGUUGUACGCCUCACAUCCUCUUGUUGGGGACACGCUGGACGCCACAAGACGUGUCAGUGAAGUCGAGAAGGUACCUCGAGCAUGUGGAGAAUCCUCUAGUCGCCCUCGAAGGCCCACUGCUGCAGAGGAAGAGGGUCGUCUUGCAGUCGAGCUACUUCGAUAACGUGCUUGGCGUCGUCUAG